AUGGCUAACGCGCCAAUGGAAGACCUAUACCACCCGGAGGUAGAUGUUGAAUAUCUUGAGGAAUAUGUUCCUGGCGGGUACCACCCAACUCUCAUCGGGGACACCUUUGGUAGUGGCCGCUAUACUGUCGUUCACAAGCUUGGGUUUGGUGGCUAUUCAACAAUUUGGCUCGCGCGGGAUCGGCAACGCCAGCGCUAUGUAUCGCUAAAGAUACUGACUGCGAGAGCAUCAUCAGAUAGCCGCGAGGGGGAAGUUCUGGAGCACUUGAUGGAGAGUGACCUUACUCAUGUCGGAAAGCAAUUCAUUCCGCGGUUACUUGACCAAUUCUCGUUUCACGGUCCAAAUGGACAUCACCGGUGCUUGGUCGGAGAACCGGCUGGAGGGAGUAUUGCGAAGUCGAAGGAGGACAGCACGGACUUGAUGUUUCCACUGGACGCUGCGAGAUCUACUGCCGCCCAGCUCCUUUUAGGGCUGUCUUAUCUGCAUGCAACCGGGCUGGAGGACCCCGAGAUCAUCAUCUCGGAUUACGGCACCUCCUUUCUUGUGUCACGGACACCCUCACCGACCCUCCACACCCCGGCCCUGUACUCCCCACCCGAGGAAUUCUUCAACGAACCCAUCCUUCGGCCCACCGCGGCGGAUAUCUGGACCCUCGGCGUCAACCUGUAUGAGGUCUUGGGCGAGCGUCCCCUGUUCGAAACAUUUGCCUGGGACCGAGAUGACAUUGUCGCCGAGAUGGUCAACACACUGGGCCCACCGCCCUUGCGAUGGUGGAAUGCCUGGGCGAAACGCUCCGAAUUCUUCGAGGAGGACGGCACCCCGGUCUUCCGGCGUCUGCGUCAGCGUCUCUGGGACAUGGGCCGCGGCGAGACGGGGCAGACGUGCACAUGGGACGUGGCCGGGGGUGAACUACGGGCGCUCGAGGACCUGCUCCGAGCUAUGAUGGCGUUCGAACCUACGGAACGGCCCACAGCCGACCAACUCCUGAGGUCGGAGUACAUGGUGCAGUGGGCGUUGCCUGCGUGGGAGAGGCAGAAAAGCCGUCGGAAGAGCGCUCAACCUACCGAUGUUUGA